AUGCAGACUUUUAAGGGUUCUACUAUACGGCAUGCAUUUAGAAACUGCGGGAUUUAUCCAUUAAAGCCUGAUGUUAUUCUCCAGCCGCUUCAAGACGCAGAAUCCCCUGUUCCUGAUCUGGUUGUUUAUGAUGGUAAUGAGACAACAGAACUACCAAUCUGGGGUCAAGAAGCUCAAGAAAAGACUCAAGAAGAAGCUCAAUUAGAAGCUCAACUAGAGGCUGAGCUAGAACCUCAACCAGAAACUCCACCACCUUCAAGCUCUACAACCAACUCUCCACCAACAACAAUUACCAAGAUGCGGCGGAGUAUUGCCAAGGCACAGAAAGAUCUUGCUGCACUUCAAGCACAAGCUGAUGCAGCUGCAGAAUCUAGCAAUUUAGUUAGUAUAAAUACUGAUAAAAUUGCUGCUCGUUUUGAGCGCAUUUGGCAGGGUAGUCUUACCAACACAGAACUUGGUGAACAGCGUGAAGCAGACAUGACCCGUAUUCUUGCCAACCAGGAGCAUCACCAGGCUCGAAAAACUCGUCGCCAGGUUCGAGCAGGAGGUCCUUUAUCUGUCAAAGAUGCAAAUAGCCUUAUUCUGUCCCGUGAAAUAAAAGAGGCAGAGAAAGAAAGACAACGGUGGAAGCGGAGGGCUAAGAAUGCCGCGGAUAAACUAGCACAGAGGGCCACAAAAGAGGGAUUCGGGGAUGAAAAUAGGGAUGAAAAUAAUGGCUGGGUGGCUGGAGAUGAUGGUCAGCCUCUAUAUUGUAUUGAUUAUGGCCCAGGGAGGGAAUAA